AUGGCUGGUCUCCUACCUCCACUACAGAACGUCGGCCCUCCGUUGGACGCGACGAUCCGUGUCAAGCAGGAAGUGCAGUGUUUUGAAGACGAGCGCCCGAUGUCGAAUGGGAGUGAAAACAGUUUGGAGCAGCAGAUGAAUGGCAAGAAUAAGAAGCCAAAAGACCGCAUCCGACGCCCGAUGAACGCGUUCAUGAUUUUCUCCAAGCGGCAUCGACCGAUGGUCCAUAUGAAGUACCCGAAUAAGGAUAACAGGACGGUUUCGAAGAUUCUGGGAGAAUGGUGGUACGCGCUGCCACCGGAGGAAAAGCAAACCUACCAUAAAAUGGCCACGGAGGUCAAGGAGCAGCACUUUAAGGCCCACCCGGACUGGAAGUGGUGCACGAAGGAUAAGCGGAAGGAUGGGAUGGACUCUAACACUCCUCCAAAUUCGGUCCUACCUCCUCCUCCUCAACCCCAACCUCAACCUCAGCCACCAGCACCAGUUCAACAAGACAUCAAGCCGUUCCCGAUGCCAAUCUCGCAACAAUUUGCCCCACCGCAGCCGCCGGUUAGUCGCCAGAAUCCGACUCCACCGACACUGAAUUUCACGCAUCGGCCUGCGCCUCAAUUCCACCGUCCUGCUCCUGUCACUUCGCUACAGCAGCCGAUGCCUCCAAUUCUGCAGUCCUUCCAGAUGCCCCAGGCCUGCCAGCCGCCACCUUGCACAAGACCUCAAUCCGAUCGGCUGGCCCGUCUUUUUGUGGAAGGUCUCGAUCCGCAUACAUUGAGCCCGUUGACACCGACAACCCGCUCCUCGUUCUUCAGCCUUGCCGGCAAUGAGGUUCCAGUCGAGUCUCAAAUCCUCUCCCCAUCCUUCAAGCACUUCCCUAUUUUGCUGCCGACGAAUAGUAUUCCCUGCUCUCCCCUGUUUCAAACGGCUGACUUCAACUUCUUGAUGAAAACUAUUGCGACGAGUCAGCAACAAACGGUGACGACACAGGUCUUCCCCCAAUCGAUCCCGGCACCCCCAACGGUAGUCUCGGUUGCUCCAGGAGCUGCCCGUCCUCCACCACUUCCAACAUUAUCAUCGCUCCAGCCUCCAAUAUCUCCGCUUACUACUGCUAUCAUGUCGCCAUCAUUUGCAUUCAGCGGAUCGGCAUUCACCCCCCAUUACUCGACAAAGGAUAAGCUGUUGUCGCCUUUUAUGCACGCCACCUUCCAACUGCCGCUCCCUGCUGAUGCUCGUGCAAACCCAUUCCAACCGCUUCCAACGCAUCCCGCCGAAAAAGACGAUAAUAUCCACCGCCCGACACCAUUAGCCCCAGCCUCGCCCCGUUGGCCAACUACCGCAUUGGCUAGUCCUCUUCUGGGAGUACCUUUCAGUCCUCUUGACCUAUUGGCGGGUACCUUACCGAUGGCCAGUCAAAUGCUGCGAAAUACGGAAGAACCGGCACCGUUUGUCCUGGCUCCGACUCCAGCUCAACUCGGACGAGCUCGAGGCCAGAAACGAUUGUCGAGCUCGAUGUCACAGGAUUUGGAUGGGAAGACGGAUGGAGAGGGAAUGGAUGAUGAGCCCGCUUCGGUCGUGGAGUCGAUUCCGGAUACGCCGAGCUUUCCGUUGAGUACACCGGUUGCGUUGAAGCCGUCGAUUACGCUGAAUGAUUCGCAGGAAGCCAUCGACGUCGAGACGCUAUCCUCGGGAAAUGCCUCCACUUCGGGAAGUACUGCUACCGGAAACAGCUUCUUUGCCCAGGCCGACAACGAGAUCAACAAGGCCCUAAACAAGGUGGCCUACCAGGAUAAAUUCACCAAUGUUCCAUUUGCGAUGCCCGUUACAACGUGCCCUUCCACGCCCUCAUUUUUGGUGCAAUCCUUCCUGGACUCGACGUACAGCCAAUGCAGCACUACGACGUCUACGCCGACGGCCAAGUCGCCGGCUUCGGCGGCUUUGACUACACAGAACCCGGUGUUCUUCCCGCCAAAUUUCGACAUGCCCGAAGCCCCGCCAAAGCCUCAUGUUAUGCAAAAGUCGAAUUCGAACACCUCCCUAACCGAUGACAGCUCCAACGGAAAUCCAGUAGAAAAAGUGUCAAGCCGAAAGCUUUUGGAACAACGUCGUCAACUUGUCAUGACGCUGCUGGAAACGGCUGGGCUAUUUCCGAGUGGCCACGAGAUCAACGUCUUCCAACAGACCCACAAGGCCAUCUUCCCGAACAAGCAGACAUUGAUACUGAAGAUUCGCGAGGUUCGCCAGAAGACAAUGUCCAUGCAUAAUGGGACGUUCCCGAAGAGUGAAGUCAAAGCCGAGCCGCUGGCUGCU